UCAAACAGACAUGGUAAAAGUAAGAGAACUUAUCCUUGAGCUUGGAAAACUCUUGGAGGAUCCUGAGGUACGCCUAAAAUCAAUCAAGGACCUUGAGGUCGCAUGCCAAAAUAAACCAGAGUUCAUAUCCACGAUUAUUGAAGUUCUUGUCAAUCAUCUGUUUGAUGUGAAACCGGUGGACUCUGAUGCUGUGGAAACGGUUUUUAUGGCAAUUUUUCGUCAGAACAAAAUGGCAACUUUUGCUGCAGUGUUGAAGAAUCACCCUACUCGUUUAUUCCCUGAGUCGGACAAGGAUGAAUAUGUAUAUCCUUCAGUACAACUGCGAUUGUAUAAAAUCAAGUCAGUGAAAAGACGUAUUGCAGAUUUAAUAGAAAAGAGCCUGGAAAAUGUAAGUAAAGAAGAAUUGCAACAGCUUGCAAAACUUGUUGAAGCAGAGGCUGCUUUGGAUGCAAACGACUGCAAGUUUGAUGUUUGGGAUACCGUUAGUGUUGACAGGUUUCUAUCAUGCCUGCAAAUGGCUGUUCCAUUAUUUGCGAGAGGGGCUCCAAGUAUGUUAGUUGAUUGCGUUCUUAAACUGCCUGAUUUUGACAAGCUGUCAGACGAGAGGAAGUUUGAUUUUCUCAGAGCUCUUGCUGAGAUUUCGUCACACACAACAGCUCCAGUAGCACAACAGCUCCUUCCCUUAGUAGCUGAGCUCUCAAAGACAUACAUAUCCCAGACAGAAAGAGGGGAUUCAAAAAGUUUUGCAUAUGUUGAGUGCGUCUUAUAUUUGCUCCUUCACUUAAGCCAUAAGGCUCCAGAUGUAGCAACACAAACAUGCAGCAAAGAAUUCAUGUGGAGAUUUAAGUCUCUUAAGUCUAGAACUUGGGAAAGAAUGAAGAUACUAGCCAAAACCUUGUCUCAGGACGAUAUAGAUGUUUUGGAUGCCGAGAAAAAAGUAGGGCGUCAUAUAAUCGUUAUGGAAACUAAGUUCAGGGCGGAAGCAAAGAGGCAAAGUACAAAAACUGAGAUUCGGAGCUGCAUUAACAUACUGGCCAUUAGAAAGUUAUUGAAGAAAAGAAAGUUUUGCUUUGUCAAACUUUCUUGGAAAGAAGCUAGGAAUGCAUCUAAACCGUCGAAAACAUAUAGAAACAAAAUAUACCAGAGAGCCCCUUAUAGGUCUGCUGAGCUUGAAUCCAUUUCAAAAGAUUGUUCUUCAGAGCUAGCUCAAUAUGGUAAAUGCGAUCUCAGCUACAAACAAGUUCAAAGGCUUGUGGGUUCCAAGAAGUUUCAAGAAUUUUCUAGUGAUCGUAAAGGCCCAUUUGUCUUAAAUGACACUUGCGGCACCGCUAUGCUCAGUUGGCAUAUGGAAGAAUCGGCCUUAAGUUUCUUAAAGGAAUGUGGAGAAGAGGGUAGAUCGGGUAAGGUUAGAAAUCAGAUGUAUCAUCUUACCUGCGCGAUGUACGUAGGCUCUGAUCUAGUAAGUUCAGAGAGGCACUUACGAAAGUUGGAAAAGAAAGAGCAGGGGGAAAAGAAAAAGCAGGGGGAAAUGAGAAAGCAGGGGGAAAACACAAAGGGGGAAAAAAAGAAGCAGUGUCAACCUCUUUGUCCCUGGAAUCUGUGUAUAUUUUGUGACCCUUCUAAACUCGGGAAAGAUAAGCGAGCUAAGGAAGAUAAGAGAAAUCGAUUACAUCAUUGUUAUGGAGCAGAGAUUGAGAAUGUCUUAUCUCACAUACAGGCAAACGGGGCUUCAAGAGAAAUAGUAAGUGAUUUCCUAUGCACUGAUUAUCUACCUCCAACUGCAGAUGACCCUUCCAUGAAGAGAAGAAAAAAUAUAAAACUACGCAGGCUUCAUAGCUUAAAGGAGGUUGUGAAGGAGCUAAAAAAGCAUACAGUAGGGGCAGAUUUGAUUAAUUACUCUGGAUUGAUGAGAGGAGAUAAGGAGGUUUAUGAAGCUUGUAUGGACCCAGAAUCUGUUUUUGUUUCUUAUCAUGCAGUGGUGAUAGAGAAGAUUCAGAAAAUGGGUGAUGACUGGGUAGCUGUAUGUAAAAUGAGUAAUGGAAGAUACUUGGGUCGAGAUGGAUAUUGCAAUGUGUCUUUAACAACCAAGUAUAUUCCUAUUGGUGUAUCUGAUGUGCAAGGUGACCUAAUUCGAGGCUCAGAAAAGCCUAUGCAUCUGUUGACAAAUUUCAUCAUUGUUGAGAUAAUAGAAGAUGAAGAAGAGAAUUGGAACAGUGAUGAUGAGGAAGAUGCAAAAGAUGAUAAAAAGCCAUCAGAAGAGAACCCAAAAGAGAAACAAAAAGAACCUGAAAAGAAACGAAAAGAACCUGAAGAGAAACGAAAAGAUCGUGAAGAGAAAAAGUAUACUCCAAAGAAAUUUCGUUCCUCUGGUAAUACUCCAAGUGAUCAGUUGACGCAGGUAACGGAAUCUGAUGCAGUAGACGUUAUCGAGGAUGCUAUUACUCGCCAUAACUCAAAUUCGACUACAGAACUGACGGCAUUGGUUGCCCGCUUUCCUUCUAUUUCAGAAUAUGUUGCAUUAAACAUGCUGAUGAAAGCAAUCACUUUCGAUGAUCAAGCAGUGCAAAGACACAGAGUUACAGUUUUGGAAUGUGUUAAGGACCCAGAUGCUUCUAUUCGGAAAAGAGCUCUUGAGCUUGUCACUCUUUUGGUGAAUGAGAAUAAUGUCACACAACUGACGAAGGAGCUAAUUGAUUAUUUGGAAAUCAGUGACGAAGAUUUUAAGGAAGAUCUUAGUGCAAAAAUUUGUUUUAUCGUUGAAAAGUUUUCUCCAGAAAAACUAUGGUACAUUGAUCAGAUGCUCAAGGUUCUGUGUGAGGCUGGAAAGUUUGUGAAAGAUGAUGUGUGGCAUGCACUUAUUGUUGUCAUAAGCAAUGCAUCAGAGCUUCAUGGGUACACAGUUAGGGCAUUAUACAGAGCAGUUUUGACAUAUUCGGAACAGGAGACUCUUGUUCGAGUGGCGGUAUGGUGCAUUGGGGAAUAUGGUGAUCUGUUGGUUAACAAUGUGGGGAUGAUUGGUAGUGAAGAUCCAAUAACUGUAACGGAAUCUGAUGCAGUGGACGUUAUCGAGGAUGCCAUUACUCGCCAUAACUCAGAUUCAACUACAAAAGCGAUGGCACUGGUUGCUCUACUGAAGCUGUCAUCCCGCUUUCCUUCUAUUUCAGAGAGAAUUAAAGACAUAAUUGUGAAGCAGAAAGGAAGCCUUCUCCUUGAAAUGCAGCAGAGAGCUAUUGAGUACAAUUCUAUAGUUGACAGGCAUAAAAAUAUCAGAUCUUCUCUGGUUGAGAGAAUGCCGGUACUGGAUGAGGCUACUUUUAAUGUGAGGAGGGCCGGCUCUUUUCCUGCAUCAGCUUCAACAGGGGCCAAGGCUUCAGUUAGUCUUCCAAAUGGUUUUGAGAAACCUGCUGUUGCUCCUCUUGUGGACUUGCUAGACCUGGAUUCUGACGAUAUCCUGGCUGCACCUAGUUCAUCUGGUGCAGAUUACCUUCAGGAUCUUCUUGGUGUUGAUUUAGGAUCAUCUUCAUCACAAUUUGGUGCAACCCAGGCUCCAAAAGCCGGCACAGAUCUGUUACUGGAUAUUCUAUCAAUUGGAACACCUUCUCCUGCACAAAACAGCAUAUCAUCUAUUGAUUUAUUAUCAAUAGCUGACGCUAACAGUAAUCCCUCAAAUGCGCUAGACACACUUUCUUCACCAGUUCCACCUCACACAGCAACGACUGCGUCCACCCGUAUGUUUGAUUUAUUAGAUGGUCUUUCUCCAAGCCCAUCAAAGGAAGCAACCAAUGGUCCAGCAUAUCCAUCUAUUGUUGCAUACGAGAGCAGCUCCUUGAAGAUUGAGUUCACUUUCUCAAAACCACCAGGGAAUCCGCAGACGACAAAUGUCCAGGCUACUUUUAUUAAUUUAUCUCCCAAUACUUUCACAGACUUUAUCUUCCAGGCUGCUGUUCCAAAGUUCCUCCAGCUUCACUUGGAUCCAGCUAGCAGUAACACACUCCCGGCAAGCGGUAAUGGUGCCAUCACGCAAAAUCUAAAAGUCACUAACAGCCAGCAUGGGAAGAAAUCCCUUGUGAUGCGCAUGAGGAUUGGGUACAAACUGAACGAAAAAGAUGUAUUAGAGGAAGGACAAGUCAGCAACUUCCCUCGCGGGUUGUGAACUACUCGAUCGGCCAUUGUAUUUUCAGCAUAAGGACUUGAGUGUUUAUUUUCAUCGGCCCGACUAGAAAAAGAAAGACAAGUCUUGCCCAAGCCGUUGAUGCAGCAGAAGCAGCUUUCUCCCUCCAAUUUUUUUCAUUUCCUGGAACAAAUACUUUGGCCUUUUGUUUGGUAUUUGAGGUUCUUGUGUGUUUUAUUUUGUACAAAAGUUCAUUCUCCUUUACAAUAAUUCAUUCUAAACAAAUAUUUUGUUCGAGAAAGGAAAAAAAAAAUAGAGAUAAUGUGAAAUGAAAUUUUGAAAAGCUUAAA